AUGGUUGUGGUCAAAAAGUACCACCUACCACCCACUGGUCUCAUUCCCAAUUCACCACGUCCUCUGCUCCACUACCCGGGCAUUCUCUCCGCGUCAGAGAGUAUCACCACUGAAGCUUACGACUCGUUUACCGACAACGGGUGGCAAGUCCAAUGGAUCUUCCGCUACGGCCAAACCCAAGCAUCACACUACCACUCGGCAACCCACGAGUGCAUGGCCGUGCUCUCCGGCACUGCGACGAUCCGAUUCGGUGUGGCCGACACGGCCUCUGACCUGGAAGAAAGUACUCAUGGGUCAGGCCAAGAGGGUGGCGGCAUCGAAAUCGAAGCCCGGGCGGGCGACGUCUUCAUCAUCCCGGCCGGUGUGGCGCACAAAACGUUCGACACCCAGCCGUCUGCAGAAUUCAAGCUCCUCACGCCAGGUAACGGCCAUGAUAUUCCAGCGUCAGACGUGAGAGGCGCUCUGGAGAAACUGGAACCCUCCGGCUUUACGAUGCUAGGGGCGUACCCUGUCGGAGGACAAUGGGACUUUGCCACGGGUGGAGAGAAUGCAGGCAAUUACGCGCAGGUCUGGGAGGUGUCGAGACCAGAGAAUGAUCCUGUGUUAGGAAAGGACAAGAGUGGUCUAGUUGGACAGUGGGAAUGA